GUUUAUGUCGCACGACAAGCUCAGGCUCUGGCAGCUGGGCAUCACUCAUGUGCUGAAUGCAGCGCAUGGAAAACUGUGCUGUAAGGGCAGUGAUGAUUUUUAUGGCACCACUGUGAAAUACUACGGAGUCCCAGCCAACGACCUGCCAACAUUUGACCUUUCACCUUUUUUCUACCCUGCUGCUGAGUUCAUUCACCAGGCUUUGACGUCAGGAGGUACCGUAAGCUGCCACAUAUGGUGACACUACAUAGAAACAGUUACUGUGGGGUUACCUGUAUUUCCUGUUUCUUUGUUUGUGUCUUUUAUGAUUUCCAGGAAAGGUAUUUGUGCACUGUGCUGUGGGUGUGAGUCGCUCGGCUGCUUUGGUCCUAGCGUACCUGAUGAUUCACCACCACCUCAGUCUUCUGUCCUCUACACACUGUGUGCAGCAGAAACGCUGGAUUUUCCCAAACAGAGGCUUCCUGCGACAGCUUAUAGCCCUGGACCGAAAACUGCAGGACGAAGGGUUGAAUGAAACGAAAUAAAACAAAGCAAGGAACAACCCUACAUAAUAUAUCCAUAGAAUUGUCCUCUAUUAGUCAUUUACACCAUGCAAGACUGUCUCCAUUUGUACCAUUUACUGUAUGUACACACUAAACAGUUCAGCUGUGUCCACCCCCCCCCCGUCCUCUCCUGAUGUGACCUUAGUGGUGACAGAGAGAGUCCCUGUCUUUUCCCCCCAGACCACUGGCAUCAGUGAAAAGACCAAUCAAUGCAACAGCAACAUUAAAUAACUCUACAUCCAGUCAGAGGGAACUCACUGAACACAGAGAGCUAAUUUUGGAGCCAAGCGGCAUUCAAACAACCACCUGCUCGUGUCUCUCACUGAGCUGCAGACUCUGGGGGUGAAGGGACAGUGGACACAGACAGCAGGAGCAGUAUUGGGGUCUGUUGGAGGAACACUCUAUGUCCAGGGAGAAUGUCAGGGAGCAACCAGCCACAGGACCUGGUGCUUAUUAAAGAAGUAGAGCUCAUCUUGGAUUCCUGCGCACUGGAGCUCACGCCAGUGGAUGAAGUGUGGCCCAACCUGUACAUAGGAAAUGUGGCUGUAGCACAGAAUAGAAAGAAAUUACAUAAGCUUGGCAUCACUCAUGUUCUGAAUGCAGCGCACUCCAAGCAGGGCAGCAUUGGUGACCAGAGUUUUUACGGGAACACCUGCGUUUACUUUGGCAUCCCAGCAGAAGAUUCAGACCACUUUGACCUCAGUCAGUUCUUCAAACCUGCAGCUGACUUCAUACAUAAAGCCUUGAAGAGCAAAGACGGAAAAGUGCUGGUGCAUUGCAUCAUGGGCAUGAGUCGAUCGGCCACUUUGGUCCUGGCUUACUUGAUGCUGCGGCAGCGUCUCUCUCUGAGAGAUGCUCUGAGGCGUGUCGUCCAAAAAAGAGCCAUUUACCCCAACCAGAAUUUCCUGUCCCUCCUCCUCAAGCUGGAUGAACAGCUGACACUCAAACGGAGGUUGUGUCCUCUUCUAUAGCAUCCCUCUCAGCCAUUAGUCGCCUCAAGACCUCGCUCUCUUUCCAUGUGUUACACUCCACUCUAAUCAGUAUGAACACGUAAUGAUUUUCUAUAAGAAUGUGUAUGAUGUAGUUAGGUGUGAGUUUGAUGGUGGUAAACAGUGGAGUGACAGUUAAAUUCCAUGUUUUUAUUAAGUUUAACUUCUGGGUACAGCAUCAAGCAUAUGUUGUAAAAUAUUGUAAAUAUCAAAGUACAGUGUCAUAUUUCUUGGUUUGUUUAUUUGUUUAUUUUGAGGUUUGUUUUUUCAUAUUCAAACUGUAUUCAAAUGUUCCCUGUCAGUGUUGUCAGACAUGUCCACAUGCUUUGUAAAUACAGCUUUAUGAAUGAAUGUCCAUUAAAGACAUUUUAAGAUAUUUUAUUGAAAUAUUUUGGCUGGCUGGAUAUAAAAUGAGUGGUAAAC